GCACUAUUUUGUAUGAUUUGUGCCUUUAAUGUUUGUACUCCACUACAUUCGUUGUAACUAGCAUGAAAAUGUGUGAAUAAUUUAGUAUAAAAGGUUACGCCCACCAAUACAGGUACAUACCAAAAACAUAAGAACCCAUUUAAGAACCUAGAUAACCUGAUUUCAAGUUAAGCACCAUUUACAUAAGAACGUGUUCGGGGUGACUUGGAAAAAUCUAGGUUCUUAUACGUGGAGUUUACUGUAUAAAUUUUGUUUCACGACGAAUAGGUUGUCCGACAUAAGGAUAUCAUACUUUGUGAUAGACAUCACAAAGUGUCCCCUAACCCUAGUCCUUAACAAAAUAGUAACAGUUUUGUGACACACGAAGAGCCAGACACUGUGACACUUUGCCAUGUGACGAACCAUGAAACUCAUGAUAUAAGUGGAGAAUGUGAAAAAAUAUCAAGAAAGAGAACAAAACGUAGCAAAAGAUUAAUAACGAAUAAUUAAGAAAAAAUAACUGCUGUCUUGGGAAGUGAGAACCGAUUUGUGACAGAGUAACCAAUAAGCUGCAGAAAAAACGCUCCAAAAUGUGCAACAUGACACCCAGCUAACGGAGGAUUUCCUCUCCAACACAUUUCUUCCUAAUUCCUUCGUCAAACGCCGGAAAAUGCAUUUCACGUUGUUCUUUUCAUUCCCUCCAAAGGGUACGUACAUCGAAAUGAAAAUGUGCAUGGAAUACACAGGCCGAGAGGAAUGGAAGUUUCCGAUGUACAAACUACGCGACUGGUGGUACCACAUGUAUGCUGGAGACAUGAAGACAAUUAUCUACGGGAUACGAGAUGGCACACGCCUAGUACGUUUGUCAAGCCUCGACAGAGAAAGCAUACUCUCACAGAUCCGAUACCCGAAUAUGUCUUGUCCUCCUAGGAUCGGACAAGCACUAUCAAGCUGGGAUCCUCGUUCUUGUGUGGGAUUUGCCGAUGAUUUCUUACAGUGGUUGAAGGGAAUUGUAGUGGAGGACGCUUGUGAAGGUCCUGGUCCCGUGGUGCAGUACAAGCUUGAGUGGAAUGUUGGAUUGCCUGAAAAAGUCUCUUGUACACGAUCAGCGGCUACAAAGUGUGAUUAUGUCUUGUUGCCCCCAUGGUUCACCCAGGAGAUGUCCUUAGCUUUUCAAGGCCAGACGACAAUUGAUAGUCUUCAGUCGUCCAUCUCCACCAUCCACAUCUCCUCCACUACUACAUAGUUUUGAGAUUCAGUUUCGGACCAGGGGCCUGUUUCUCUAAAGUCCCGAAAUAUUUUGGGCGUAUUUUGGGGGUGCCUAAAUUCCCUUUGAAUCUCCAAAACGAAGGCGACUCAAAGCACGAAACUUCGCAAAUGCGUCGGGUUUAAUUCCCUUGAUAACAUGUAAAAAGAUAACAGCUUUUCAUUAUAAGCGGAUCGGAGUUACACGAAUGACCUUUCGGGAGUUUUAAGCAACAGUCCCCUGGUGUGCCUUUUUCGAAAGCCCUGAAACAUUUUGGGGCGUAUUUCAAGUGCCACAAUUCUCUCGUUAUCGUUAAAAGGAAGACGUUUUAAACCAUGAAACUUUGCAAUUGUUUUGCGUCUUCUUGCCUUGAUUUUUUCAGAAUAUAUAAACGGAUCACUAUGAUUUUAGAAAUAGCUUUUCGGCAAACAGUUUCCAGGUCCCAGUUCCUACUAUAUCAGGAAACACAUUCACUUAUUGCACUCUUCACCUGGGGUUAAAGAAAUUUUUCCAUCCAAAUCUAUUUUCCCGGCCUACCGUAGGACUAAGAAUCUCAAGGAGAUUUUAGCACCAUCUAUUAUAAGGCCAUUUUCAAUAGAUAAUCAGGUGGAUGGUAGAGCUGGUUGUUUUAAAUGUAUAAAAGGUGCGAUCUUUGUAAGAACUUUUUAAUCCAAGGCUGUAAUUUCCAAAGCUCGGCGACUGGCUGCCAAUACUCCAUGAGACAAAACCUGUCUUGCCCGUCCCGGAAUGUGAUUUAUUUGUCCACUUGCAAUAAGUGUAAUUUGCAAUAUGUUGGUUCAUCUUCCACAGAAUUUAAAGUUAGAUUCUGCAACCAUAAAUCAACUAUGCUCAAUAAUAAGAGAACAUGUGAAUUAGCGGUCACUGAACAAAUCACUAAGUUUAAGAAUUCCACUCAUCUUGAUCAGCUUUUAUUGACAAGAGAAGUC